GCAAAUUGGCCCUAAUUGUUGUCCUCCCACUCUCGGCGGUACACACCCUCGCUCUCUUUGAAGUAGACACCAAAAGCCCUCAAAUUGUUCCCCCACUCUCGGUAUACACACUCUCCCUCUAUAGGGUUUUGUGUUGUGGUUUUGCAGUCAGUGAGAGAGAGAAGCGAAGAGACAUGGCGUGGGGUUGCAGAGCUCUCGUGGCGGCUGCCAAAAAUUCCGCCGCAGCGACCCCCACCGCCACCUCCAUUUCGAUGGUCACUAAGCAAACCGGCAUACUGAAGCCUGUACCGGUAUCGCCGGCUCUUGGAAAGUUCCUCGGCGGCGUCUCUGAAACUUCCCGCGCCGUGGCCGUCAAGAAGUUGUGUGUAUAUAUCAAGAGCAACAACCUCCAGAAUGGGUCAUCUUUCAUUGCUUGUCGAUGGCUUUCAACUUCCAUCCUAACUCUUCAAUCAAGUGAAGCUGCAUUUCCCCCCAAUUUAUUAUCCACAAAGUGUGUUGUAACUCCAGAACGUACUCCAGGACUCUGCCAGGACCUGGUAAUCCCCGUGACAAAUUUUUAUAAUGAAGACAAAGGCUUUAUGGUUUUAGCUGGUGAUGUUUUUGAUUUACCUAUAAGAAAGGAUAUUGUUCACCGUGUUGUGCGAUGGCAGCUUGCUAAACGACAACAGGGAACUCAUUCAACAAAAACUAUUAGUGAAGUCAGUGGAACUGGGAAAAAGCCAUGGCGACAGAAGGGUACAGGUCGAGCAAGGCAUGGAACUCUGCGUGGGCCACAGUUUAGAGGUGGCGCUACCAAGCAUGGCCCAAAGCCACGAAGUCAUGCUUUCAAGCUGAACAAGAAGGUGCGGCGGUUGGGGCUAAAAAUUGCACUGUCAGCUCGUGCGGCAGAAGGGAAGGCAAGUCCCUGUCUUAUCGUUUUUGAGGAUUUAGAAGUUCCUACACAUAAGACCAAGAACAUCGUGAACUAUGUAAGCCAAAUGGAGAACAGCAAGAAACUUUUGAUGGUGGAUGGCGGUCCCAUAAAUGAGAAUCUAAAAUUGGCCACAGGAAAUUUACACUAUGUUAACUUACUGCCUUCAAUUGGUUUGAAUGUCUAUAGUAUAUUGCUGCAUGACACCUUAGUGAUGUCCCGUGAUGCCGUGAACAGGAUUGUCCAGCGGAUGCACACUCCAAUUAAUCGUUGAGUCUGUUGUGUGUUCAGCACCAUUAAUUUCAGGUCAGUAGGAUUUUGGCGUUCCCUUGUAGUUCCAGGAGAAACAAUAUAGAAGCGCCAGAAAUAAUUAAUAGUGCAUUUUGUUAUUUUGGAAGACAUGCAUGGCUCGAGAUACCUGUAUCGGUUCUUGUGUUAAACUUGUAACAGGAAUUUUGUAUUCAAACCUUGGUGAUGUACUAGUAUGAAUUUUCUCUACGUUA